AUGUCAACACGCCAACCCAUUCGGAUCUAUGUUGGCGGCAUCCUCGCUAUGACGCCCGUACUGGCCGCUCCAGUCAGCGAACGCGGUUUGUUCGACAGUGACAAGAAUGGUGGGAUGAGUAGCUCCACCAAGAUCAUCAUCCUCAUCGUUUGCGUGGUUGCCGCUAUCUUCUUCCUCUCCCUGUUUAUCCACUUCUUCUCAAACUGGUUCGGCUGCGGCGGGCGGCAGCGCAUGAAGGCCGGCGCAGCAAUGAAGAAUGCGUACAAAACGGUAAACACCCCCUCAGCUCGGCCAGCCAACCAGGUGUAUUACAACAACGGUCAGGCGUACUAUGAGCAUCAGGCGCAACACAGCUAUAUGCAACAGCAGCAGUUCUACGAACAACAACAACAUGAACAGCGGCAGCGAGACGAGCAAAACCAGUGGCACCAGCAGCACUACGGCUGA